GAAUUUUUCUUCUCACAGCUGAGUGCAACAAGCACAGCAACAUUAAAUGUAACAUGCCUCAGACGCAAAAAAUGAUGCAUAAUCUCGCGUCUCAUGAAAAUACUUAAUUUUUAGACGAAUUUGAAUGUCGCGCUUCUUGACCAACAGCAAUGUUUUCGCUUACGGUCGCAACCGUUGCUAGCUAUUUUCAUGUUAGCUAUAUCAAUGAAUAAAUGAUUCUUUAUUUUUUAAAGUCAAUUAAUAUCACGAUUUUUCCUUUAAUUACAAUGCUUAAUCAUUGUUAACUUGAAACAUUUUUUAGUCAUCUUCAAGCAACAUACAAGUAAAUUGUUUCAUUUAAAUAUGAAUCUUACAUCAAUCAUGGAGAUGACAUGUUUCUCAUGUCAAUCAGUAAUGGACGAUGAAAAUUUAUUCAUGAUUCAUAAAUGUUACGCCUUAUAUUGCACCAAAUGUUCAGCCAGUACAACAUGUUCCCAGUGUGAUAAGGCCAUGAACGAUGAUUCAUUUGUCCAGAUACCAUCAAUAUCGAAAUGCUUCUAUCAUUUUGACUGUGAAUCUUUCUCGGAUGGCUUUUGUAGCUGUGUUGGCAAAAAUUUAUGCGAAAGGCACAUAACUCAAGUACAUAGAGACAUUGUUAAAAUGCCAUGUAAACCUGUCUAUCACGAUUCUAUAAUGAAAAAGCCAACAUGUGAUUCAUGUGAAUUAAUGAAAGCAAAAUAUAAAGUAAAAGAGAACAAUCUACAAGUUUGUAUCAACUGUGCCGCUAAAUUGGAUGAUGCAACUUUAAUGGAAAUAAUGACUGAAUCAAAGGAGAUUCAUGAUACAUUGGAACACGAAACAAAAGCAACGACAUGUUUAUUGAGAUCCAUGGAAGCUGAAUAUAGCUGUUUACGGUCAUCUUUGACUGAUGAUCGGUCGCGUUUAGAUGCAACACUCAAUCCAAUUUUAAGAUAUUUCAAUGAAAAAUUACAAAAGAAUCAAGAUACAAUUGAUCAAAUGGAAUCAAAACUCAAUGAAUCAAUCAUCAAGCUGGAAAGAUAUAAUGAAAAGAAAGACAUAAUAUCACGUAUCAUUGAAUAUCUAAUGAAAUCGAAUAUUGACAAUCUAGAUGACAUAAUGCAACAAGCUUACUCGUGGGUCAAAAGCCUUACAAAUGAUGUAAAAAGCCUAAAUCUAACAUUACCAUGUAAUCCCAUCAAGAUUAUCGGCUCGAUUGAUGAUUUAAGUAAACCUGAUACACGUUUAACUAUUUACAUUGGCCAUGAUGAAAUUCAUGAUUCGUUUUCCAGUCACUCAAAUCAUGGACUGACCGAUGAUAAUUCAUUAACUGAUUAUGCCGAAUCAACCACAAAAAGAAGACGAUCAGGGAAUACUUCCGACGAAAUAACACUCGAUGCUUCAUUUGUUUCAGCGAAUUCACUGAAUCUCAACCAAGGAUAUGAUGAUACUUGGAUUGAUAAAGAAUAUCAUGAAUUACGAAUCACUCAUGUUAGAGAUCCAUUUUGGAUUUAUAUCGAGAAAAAAGAAAUGAAAGAACAAAGAACAAUGAUUCUUGAUAUAUGUUCAAAGCUCAAAGAUGAUGACUUAAUUGACAUUGAGGCAGUUCGAGAGGGUGAUGUUGUAAUAGUGAAAGAUCACCCAUCAUUCAGAGAUCCCAUAAAACGUGCGCAAGUUUCAUUCUUCAAUUAUGCAAGACAAAAAUACAAAGUAAAAUUAUUGGACUUCGGUAAUAGCAUUGAAAUUGAAAAGAAACAAAUGUUUCAAUGUGUUCAUGACAUACUCAAAUAUGAAACUACAGUAUUUCGAGCUAAACUCAUUGGAGUGAAACCAGUAUCAGGAUCAUUUUUUUUGACAACAAAUAAGAAUAAUUCAAAGUAUUUCAUUACAAGAUCUCUCGUUCCACAAAAUGAUACAGCUUUAGUUCGGAGAUUCACGUCCGAUUCAGACUCAUUUUUCUGUGCAAUCAAGUCAAUUAUCAAUGGCGCAUCAAUUGACUGGUCUGUUGCUCUCGUAGACGCUAAAUUAGCAAUGAUGUAUAACGAUGAGAAUAAUUCACCAUUAUGUUUUUUUGAAUCUAAUAAUUAUUGUUACUUGUAUCAUUUUUAUGAUAAAUGCAAUGGAUUCUGUGGACGUUGGCAUUCUUGCUCAUUUUGCAAGAAACAACACACUCUCAAAUCAUGUCGUUCUUUGGUUGAACAUGAAAAAACUUUGUAAGAAAUACGUUGCAUAAUCAUGACGCAAAUUUUAUUGAUGGUUCAAUUAUCAAUUUUUUUUUCAUUUCAUAUAUCAUAACAUUCAUUGAUUCAUGUAAUUCAUAAAACUUUUCAUUAUCAUCAAUUGUAUCGUAAACAUGAAUAUGUUUCAAUGUAAUCAUUAAAUCUGUUUCUUUAUCAGAGCUUUUCAAUA